AUGGAUCGAAAACUUGUUGUUCGUCAAACCAACGCCGCGAACACCCCUCUUGUUGUGACAAAUAAUUGCCCCGAUACCAUUUAUCCUGGCAUCGCCACACAGCACGGCACCGCACCCGGACAGACUGGAUUCGAGCUCACUUCUGGAGCUACUGUGUCACAAACUGUUUCGGAAGAUUGGCAAGGGCGUAUCUGGGGCAGAACGAAUUGCACCUUCAAUGCUCAAGGUAGAUCAAAUGGUGGUGGUCCGGCCUGCACCACAGGUGAUUGUAACGGUGUUAUACCUUGUCAGGCAGCAGGUGCCAUACCGGUGACGCUCGCCGAGUUCACCCUUGAUGCUGGUGAUGGACAAAGUUACUACGACAUUUCUCUUGUUGACGGGUACAAUCUUCCGUUGGCCAUUGUCCUCGUUCCGCACGGCAAUUCUUCGUUGGAUGAUAUCCCUCCAAAUCUCACCAACCCAUCCUGCGAAGGCACAGGCUCUAUGCUAGCUCCUUCCAACUUCAAUCCAUACAGCAGUGGGACGUUCCUCGGCACAAAUGCUUCGUAUCCUCUGCCGUUCGAGACAAAGGUCACCACAAGUAAUGCUAAUCAGUGGUGUCCCUGGGAUCUCCAGGUCAAUGCUCCAUCCGCUCCUGGAGGCAAUGUGUAUCCUUACCCUGACGGCAACAUCCAAAGACCUGCGUUUGACCCUUGCUACUCAGCUUGCGCAAAAUACAACUCUGACCAGUAUUGUUGCCUGGGCAAGUAUAAUGGACCAAAUGCAUGCAGCCCCAACUACUACUCCAAAGCAGCCAAGACCGUAUGCCCAGAUGCCUACAGCUAUGCUUACGACGACCAGUCGUCUACCUUCAUCAUCCCUUCUGGAGCUGGUGUCGAAGUUGUUUUUUGUCCAGGCGGCAGAAGUACAGUGAUCCUCUCCACAAAAGCAGCACAACUCCAAGAGCUCGCCAACACGGGUUCCGUAUCAAACUCAAGCGGCUCAAAUUCCACAGCUUCCAGCUUUGCGAUCCCGAAUCUUGAUGUUCGACAGCGUUACGCUUGGUUGGGUUUUGCGACGGGGUUUCUCUUUAGCUACUGGUGA